CACAGAAUGGCCUGUAGACCAUGUGAAGUUUUCUCUUUCAAAGACUCAGAGCUUCCCUCCACCCUCCUCUCCCAGCUCAACAUCCUGCGGCAGGAUGGCAUCCUGACCGACGUCCUGCUCUGCACCGAGCAUCAGGAGAUCCCCUGCCACAGGAACGUCCUGGUGUCCAGCAGCCCGUACUUCCGCGCCAUGUUCUGCAGCAACUUUCUGGAGAGCAGCCAGGCCCGGGUGAACUUGAAGGGAAUCUCCUCGAGCAUCAUCAGUGGCAUCGUCGACUAUGUCUACACAGGCUGCAUUACCAUCACGAUGGAGUUUGUCCUGCCGCUCAUGCAAGCAGCAUCCAUGCUUCACUACGGAGGUCUGUUUGAGGCCUGUUCACUGUUCCUCCAGGGUCAGCUGAGUCCAGAGAACUGUCUGAGCAUGAUCCGUCUCUCUGAGAUCCUCCACUGUGAGAGUUUGAGGGAGAGAGCCAAGGAGAUGGCUGUGAGGUGUUUCUCUGACGUUGCUGCCACAGAGGACUUCUGCGAGCUGUCUCUCCCUGAGCUCAUGUGUUACCUCGAAGAUGACCGUCUUUGUGCUGAGGAGGAGCAGGUGUUUGAGACCCUGCUGGCGUGGAUCCACCAUGACCCGUUCUCACGACGGGGUGCGAUCCACGACCUCUUCAAGAAGGUCCGUCUUCGCUACAUCCACCCAACGUAUCUCUUCCAGUUCAUAGCCAAUGACCCCCUGGUGCAGUCGUCCACGCUGUGCACCGAGAUCAUCGAUUCAGUGCGUCGCCUCAUGCUUACAGUCAGCUCUAAGUGUAGCCGUGAGCUCAAGCUGCUGUGGACCACACCUCGACGCUACACCUGCAGAGAAACACUAGUGGUGGUUGGGGGACGCAAGAACAAUGAACAAACCUCACGUGAAGCACUGCUGUACGAUGAGAGGACCCAUCGCUGGCAGUGGUUGGCCAAGCUCCCUCUGCGGCUCUACAGAGCUGCAUACGUGUGUAUCCACAGCAUCCUCUAUGUGCUCGGUGGCCUGAGUCUGUGCAUGACAUCAGGUGACAGCUCGGUCAGCGCCACAGUUUACACACUCUCCCUCAAAACAAACCAAUGGAGGACUGCCGAGCCAAUGUCAGAGCCAAGAUACGCCCACCAGAGUGUGUCCUAUCUGCACUUUAUUUUUGUGUUGGGAGGCAUCGGGGUAGACAAACAGAUCUCUCAGUCAGUGGAGAGAUAUAACAGUAUGUUUAACCAAUGGGAGGCCAUGGCGCCGAUGCCCACAGCCGUGCUGCAUCCGGCCGUUGCAGCCAGUGAUCAUAGGAUCUAUGUUUUUGGAGGGGAGGACGCCAUGCAGAACCCAGUCAGGCUGAUUCAGGUUUAUCACAUCGCUCGCAAUUCGUGGUCGAGGCUGGAGACGAGGACGGUGAAAAAUGUUUGUGCCCCUGCUGCCGUCAUAGAGGACAAGAUCUACAUCAUAGGAGGGUACACCAGGCGAAUGAUAGCCUACGACACCAAAGCCAACAAGUUUGUCAAAUGUGAGAAUCUGAAGGAGCGAAGGAUGCACCACAGCGCGACAGUGAUCAACAACAAGCUCUACGUCACCGGCGGACGCAUCCUCAACAGCCAAGAUGUCAUCGAGGACUCAGACUGUUUCGAGUGUUACGACCCAAAGACGGACGUUUGGACAUCAAGAGGCUCUUUGCCGUACAAGCUGUUUGACCAUGGCUCUCUGCCACUGGUCUGUGUAUCCAACAGACCCAACCCACCAUGACCUUUCAUCCAAUCUGCCACUUUUGGCAAAUGCUUGGCUACAAGUUCUCCACCUCCUUUUCGCCAUGAUUUAUGGGCCUCUAGCCACACAAAUGGGAAACCAUUUUGUAACAGACUGCAUUCUCUCACGCGGCUCAGUCUCUUCCACAGCUUGGCGGCAUUUUAAUCCAGGCGGUGUCAAUCAAAGGAGAGCUUGGCUGCCGUGCAGAGCCGUCACAUCUGAGGCACCUGGGGGGGAACCGAACCCCAGAGAUGACAAGAGGCCGUCUCACACGCACAACAAGCAGCUGCUCGGACACAAAAUCCA